UCUGGAUGUUUUUUAAAUCAGGAGGCGAUUGAGAGGAAAGAGAAGCGAGCGAGACGUUUCCAUUUCCAUAGUGAGGAGAGCGACAGACAGAGGAACGUCUUUCUCGACAAAGACAUCAUGAAGAAAGCCAUCCCCAGACUGCGCAUGGAGGCGAUCUAUGUGACGGGCGUGGACGACAUGAGCACGCAGGACGUCUUCGGAUAUUUUAAAGAAUAUCCUCCGGCACACAUCGAGUGGAUCGAUGACACUUCCUGUAACGUGGUUUGGCUGGACGACAACACACCCAUUAGAGCCCUCAUUAACACCAGCCGGAUGCCGGACCCAGAGGCUGUUACCACGGAGACAGAGGGCACCAAAGAGCCGGGUGAGCAGAGCGAAGGUCACCAGGGUCAGGGGUCAGAUGAAGAGGAGGAGGGUGAGGUGGAUGAGGAUGAGACGGUGAAGAAGAGCGGCGAGGACAUCGAGGGGAAAGACAGCGACAGAGAGGUGGAGCAGAAGACAAAGACGGAGGGGGAUCAGAUGGACGACCUAUCAGGACCAGAGCGAGAGUCUCUGCUGAGAAAUGACCUGCGGCCGGCGAUCAAACCGUUUAAAGGAAACAAACUCCUCCUGCGCUUCGCCACACAAGAAGAUAAGAAGGAGCUGGGCGCCGCUCGCCGCAGCAGGUACUACAUGAAGUACGGAAACCCAAACUACGGAGGCAUGAGGGGAAUCCUGAGCAACUCCUGGAAGCGGAGGUUUCACAACCGGCGAAUCCAGCGAGACGUCAUCAAGAGCAAAAAGCCUCUGAUCGGAGACAGCAUGGGACACACGCCGCCGUACACGCACCGACACUCAGCUGACCUGGUCAACCUGCCAGAGGAGCCAAUCAAAGAAGAAGAAGAGGACGAGGAAGAAGACGAGGACUACGGUGGUGACGAGGACAUGGACUCAGAUGACAGGGUGGUGGAGUACAAAGAGCGAGGAGAAAGGAGCGCCGGCUUGCGCUCGCCAGGGGCGGUGCUUCGUAGCCGGACGGAACGCUCUCCAUCUCCCUGGUCGGAGUCGGACGAGAUGGAUUACGACCUGGAGCUGAAGAUGAUCUCCACGCCGUCGCCAAAGAAGAGCAAGAAGAUGACUAUGUACGCGGACGAGCUGGACACUCACCUGAAGAGCAUCCGAAACCGUCUCGGGGGGGCAGGAUCUCAGAGCAGGACCAAAUCCCCAUCGCCCCCUAAAGUGACGGACGUGCGACAGCUGCUGGAGGAGAAGAAGAGACAGGGACAGAGACAGGGACAGUCCCCUCCGGCGGCCAGCGGAGGAAAAACAGACGUUCGACAGAGACUGGGCAAGAGACAACGCUCCCCCUCCCCCGUCUCCCCCAGAGACACUCCCCCGACCAGAGAAUCAGCCAGAGACAUCCACCGCAGACUGGGCGUGGCCAGUCAAGAAACCAGAAGCCUGUUCUCCAACUCAUCCAAGGGCAGGAAGACAAGUGGCCUGUGGAGCAGACUCGGAUGCGCGGAUGAUGACAGCGGAGCCGGACGUCACGACCACAAACCGAGCAGUCGGUCACCGGGGCUGUUCUCCUCGUCGUCUGGGCGGGGCGGCGAUGGUGGUCAGGUGAGCCGAGGCGACGGAGGGAAGGAGGACAAGGAGGAGACGGAAGAAGACGACUCAGCGCUGCAGAAGGUGUGGGGCGCCAUGAUCAAACAGAAACAGGAGCGACUCUCCCACAAGAUGAAGAAGAGCAGACUGGACAACCUGCCGUCGCUGCAGAUCGAGAUCAGCCGCGACAGCAGCGACGACUCCGACGCCUGAACCUGGGGGGGGGGGCACCUUCGUCUUUUGCGAUUCAUAGAAACGAUU